UAAAAAAAACUUCAUAUUUCUGGAAUAUUUUUGUUUAAAUGACAGUUUAGAGCAAGGCAGACAGUUAGGUGAAGGUAAAAUGUUUUUAUUCAAGGUAAUCUUUGGGACUAGCUGUUUAAAGAUAACAGUUAAUCCACGUUGGUAUUAGCUUCACUCACUUCUAAAACCUGUUUCUACAAACUGAGGUUGUUCAAAGAACUGUGUAGAAGACUAACAAUGUCAAUUGUUCAUAAUCUUCAUAUAACCCAACUUCAAAUGGUCUGAACUACUAAAACUAGUUGUGUGGGUGAACAUAUUCUUCCUGCAUCAGUAACAAAGACCAGAUGGUCUUUACAGCGUAGAUAAAACUCACAUGUCUAAUUAGUGUGAAUUUGUUCUUGAAAAAUAAAAAUAAAAAAAGACAAUUAGCAAUAUUAAAAAGCAGCUACGUAAGAAAACAGCCAGAACAGAGAGUCCUUGAGACACAAAUCCUGCCAAAAGAACUAUGAUUAUUCCUUCAGUUGAUCCAUUACUGCGACAGAUUUUUGAUGGAUAGUUCUUUUAUUAUUGCCUUUUGUACUCGCAAAAUCACAUAACUGCUUUUUUAUAUAGUUUUUCAGCUGAUAUCAAUCAAAAGUAAGAAUAUUUUGAUGUAAAACUGCUUUUAAAUGUUUUGCAGGUAAAAGGUACGAAAUGUGUCUUUGUGACACUUUGUAGUGAAAAAAACAUUUAAAAUACAGCUAAUAUGUAGUUAUUUGCUCAGUUCUGUAACUGUAAACCCAGUCAGAUGCCUGAAAAUGAUCGUGUACAAGGACGUGAAUUGUUAAUAUAAGGGAAUAUUGAAAAAGGCAUUUAACCCUCCCACUGUCUUUAUGGGUGACCCCACGAGGAAAGUUGACUAUUGAGCAGGAUUGAUGGUUUAUCCCUUGAGGUCCACGUGGCAGGGGUGAGGUGGUGCUCACUCCUCACUCCUGCCACAAGGACACAAGGGAUAAACCAUCAACCCUGCUCAAUAGUCAACUUUCCUCGCGGGGUCACCCAUAAAGACAGUGGGAGGGUUAAAAAAGUCACUGUGUCUUUAAAGUUAAAGUCCCAUUAGUCAUCGCACACAGGUGAAAUUCGUCUCUGCAUUUGACCAAUCCGCGUAGUGAGCUGCAGCUGCGGCUGUGCUCGGGAACUAUUUGGGUGUUUAACCCCCAAUCUAACCCCUUAAAGCUGAGUGUCAAGCAGGGAGGCAUUGGGUCCCGUUGUAAACUGACUGGGAUUUAAACCCCAAUCUCCCAGAUCCAGGGCAGGCACUCUACCACUCAGCCACUGAGAAGAUGAAGAAAGAUUAGAAAGUAAAUAUUAAAGCUGCAAGCAGCGUCGUUCGGCCCUCACAGCUCUGCGCCGCUCCGGCCUGGCCGGCACUCUAGUGCACCCGGGCACGUCCACUGAACAUAAACAUCGACCACCCCGACACCAGAAACCGCGAACGGUCUCCUCGUCUGCACCUCACCCUGACUCAGCAUCUUCUCUGAGCCCACCAUUAAAUUACACAUCUAACCACUAGGGGAUACUCUAUCUUUACCAUACUGGUGGUGUGAUGACACAGACCAAGUUUAAUGCUAUUCUGACCACAUUUUUAAAAGUUAUUGAAGGUUAAAGUUAUGUAGGGGGCACUGUGACCAACUACAGAAAAAUCCCAUUGAGGUCAGCUUUGGUUGACAAAGAUGGUUUUCUGUUAUUUUGGCAUCAAUCAGACAUUGUGUGUUAACUAGAGCCAGACAGCCAAAAGGGGGUGGAGCUACAGGGGUUUGAACCAACAACCACAUCAAUGUGUUUGGUGCAGUCACGUGAUGACACAAGCCAAGUUUAAUGCCAUUCUGACCUUGUAUUAGGAAGUAAUUAACUCUUAAUCUUAUUUAGGGGGCGCUGUGACCAAUUACAUAAAAACCCCAUUGAGGUCCUCUUAGGCAGUCAAAGAUAGUUUUGUAGUAGUUUGGCAUCAAUCAUACGUUGUUUGUGCUUUCUAGAGCCAAAGAGCUGAAAGGGGCAGAGCUAAAGGGAUUUGAACCAACAACCACAUCAAUGUGUUUGGUGCAGUCACUUGAUGACACAAGCCAAGUAUAAUGCCAUUCUGGCCUUGUCUUUAGAAGUUGAUAAAAUUUGAACCCAUCUAGGGGGCGCUGUGACCAUUUACAACUAAAUCCCAUAGAGGUCAUCUUUGGUCAUCAAAGAUGAGUUUCUGUUAAUUUGGCAUCAAUCAAACGUUGCAUGGGUCAUCAUAGAGCCAAAAGGCUGUAAGUGGGCGGAGUUAAAGUGAUUUGACUGAGUGAUCACAUACAUGUGUUGAUUGCAGUUGUGUGAUGACUCCCACCAUGUUUGAUAUAGUUUAGAGCUUUGUUGCAGAAGUUACAAAGGUUUUAUUGUAUCUAGGGGGCACUGUCCCAAAUUUAGGAAAUAUUCCGAGAAGCAGUUUGUAGGUUGACAACAGUUUGGUGUGAAGUGCAUCAUGCAUGUGUUAUUCAGGGCCUAACAUCUGUCAAGGGGCGGAGCUAAAGCAAUAUCAACCAAUGACCACAGAAUUGUGUUGGGUGCCUUUGUGUGAUGACACAUAUGGCCUGUAUAUAUAGCAAGUUUGGUGCAGUUGAGACCUCGUCUGUACGAGUUAUUACAGUUUUAAAGGUAUGUAGGGGGCGCUGUGGUGAUAUUAUACACCGUUCAGAACUGAAUGGUCAUUACAGCAUCAUGAAGUCAGUGCAUGACCUUAGUGUCAUGUUAAUUAAAAUAGAGGGGACAAAUAUGGGCAUUUAACCAUAAAACAAUCGACUUCCUGUUGUCAGGGGGCGGGACUUAGGUGAUGUCAGCUGUCCACAUUGUCACUGUCUUGAGAUGUAGUCAGUGAUCACACAGACAAAGUUUGAUAUGGAUCUGAUCAUGCACAUAGGAGUUAUUACGUCAAGUAAUGUAAUGGCGAAAGGUCAAAGUUUGAGGCUUAGCCACACCCACACCUUUCAACUUUUGAAAAAUCUGACAUUUGAAUUUUUCCCCCUAUGUCUUAAGAGUAUAUAGCAGAAGUGUGAAGGUGAUUGGUGAAAAGGGCGACGGGGCAUCACUCUCCAAACAACGUGUGCAAAAACCACUAAAUUGAAUACUUGGACCAAAAUGGCCGACUUCCUGUGUGACUUUGCGCUUGGCUCCAAGAGACUUUUUUGUAGGUCCUGAGACACUACAUUAGUGUACCUAAUUUCUUAAUCCUCAGUCAAAGCAUGGCUUGGAGCUGACAGUUUUAAUGGUCCAAGGGGGUGCUAUUUCAGAAAAUAGGCCACGCCCACAAACCUAUCUCAUCCAUUUCUAUUGGUGGUCAUGUAAACCCCUCUGAUCUCUAUUAAGGUAGCGCGACUUGAGUUGCGAAUGACCACAGUCACCAAUCCUUGUCAUGUGUCUUUGCCUAUGUAUGUCUGAUCUCAGAAUUGAGUGCUGAAACUCUAUUUUCCCUCUGGGAUUAAUAAAGUAUCUUCGAAUUGAAUUGAAUUGAAUACACACUUAGACAAUUUACAAAAGAGAAAACAUUUUUCCAUUUGUCUCUCUGGGCUGCGCAAAAAAAAACCUUGAAAACAUACCAAAAAAAUAUUUUUUAUUUAUUUUCAUUUGUAUCUCAGGGCUUCCAUAGUUAUGAUUUAUGGUAAAAUCAUACACUUUUUUUUAUCAGAGAUUAAAUGUAUUAGCCUAUAGAGUGGUCACUCUGCACGCUUUGAGGAUUUGGAAGAAAACAUCCUUUAGUAACGAGAAACUCACUGGAUAAAAGACGACAACUAAUAUCAGUGUUUUAUGUCUGAAUGAAUCAGAAGUACAGGAAUAAAAAAAACUAUUGUGCACGUUUGUUGUGUAAAGCUCAGAAACUUAAAUAUGUAGUGGGUGUGACAAUAUCACAACAGUUUUAUAAGAUGUUAAAAAAAAUUAAACUGAAACUAUGAAAAAAUCAUUAAGAUAUGUUCUGUCUUGUUAAAUCCAACUUUCUGUGACCUGGUUAAACUUUAAAUGGUUUAUAAUCAAAUCGGUCUGAGAUGAGGAGGACUGGAAUAUCUGGAAUCACUUUAAACCUUUUCCAAAUUCUGUCUUCUCUACAGCUCUUCUAUAGCUCCUGCUGCCAGAAUUCAUGGCACACCAUUCCUGAUUGACACAAACAUUCUGAAGUUUGUGUUUCAUGGAUUAACCUAAAGCUGAAGGAGGAAAAGUACAUUGAAAUUCAUGACAGGAAAGUAAAACAAACCAUUAAGGGCCCUCAGUUUGUGCAUGUCAACCUAAUAAUAGGUCGCUCAAGACGUUUGCAUAAGAAUUUGUAUAAAAUAGUGUAGGGUUUAGGAAAUUGAGUGCUUUAAGAGCUCAAUAUAUAUUACCUUUACUUAUGACCAAUAAGCUGUGAUACUCUAUCUAAAUAUAGAAUAUCAACCUGCUUGGUCUUUGUGUGUUUAUCAGAAGAUUCUAGGACUCUUUGUUUAUUAAGGGAUUGUACACACUUCGUUUUGAUUCAGAAAAGAGUCAGGUUUAUAAAAGUAAGAAUUUAUUUUACCAACAAUUAGAACAGGACAAGUUCACCAACAUUUUACUGUGAUGGAUGGAACUAGAUAUGAUGUAUGAACCUAUGUGUGAGUGCGGUGUUAGUCAGAACUUCUGUAUCUGGGAGAGCUGAGUUCUGGAUGUAAAAGAAUUAGGUUUGUGUUAAGCUAUGGAGUUGAUUAAUAUCAAAAGCACAUCAGACGCUAUCUGUGGGUCUACUUCACCCAUUUUCGGAGACCCUCUUGGUGGAGCCGAAGGUCAGAGAGGUCGGAUGACCUCUGGCACUGAAGGGCUGUAGAAUACCGUGGCACCGACUCUUCAGUCCAGAGAUGUCUCGAGUCACGACAGAUGGAUGGAACCGCGCUUCUGGGACUCUUAAGGAGUCUAAACAAUAUCAGCUUGUUCUGCAGGAACUGUUGCGGUAUCAGCUUCUCAUGUGCAAAAAGGUUUUGACGACGUGUCAAAAGCUUUGAUGGUUAAAGAGGGUUUUACUUCAGAUGGCCGGUCUGAAGUGUUCUCUAGAACUCAUGAAUCACCAGAGUGAUCCAGUUUUAAUGUUCUCAUGUUAUGAUUUGAGUAGCCAACCAGAGGUUGACAAGUUUGAGGAAUAUUACCAAGAAUCUCAGAAACAUGCCUUCUUUGAUCCAGAGGCUCUGAUCUGGGUAAAGGACUAUCUAUGUGUCACGCGUUUAACUUAACCUUACUUUGUUCUUGUGUGAGUGCACAUGGUGAUGAUCUUGUCACGUAAACAUGCUGAAACAUAUUUCAGUCACUGUAAUCGUAACAUAACAUUCAUUUUAAACUUCAAUCAUUGAGCCCAGAUUAAUGAAGCAUUUCAUUAUAUUAUCAUUAUUAUAAGUAGCAAUAAACAAACAUUUAUUUAAUGAUUAUCUAGCUUAUAAGUUUUAGAAGUUCAUGUUUAAUUUAGGAAAUCAUUCUUUGAUUUGGCAACUGAUCCGAGCUGCGAGUGUUAAGCAUGAAGAAUCCUGUAGGGCAAUAGGGAUGGACCUUGAGGAGAGAACAUUGUUGUUGACAAUUCGUUAUCAUGUGUUCAGAACUGCAGAGACUCUGAGCUCCAGCUGAUGGGAUGAAGGCAGGCUGAUUUAAAGGGAACACAUGCAGUCUUGUGUUUCCUUUUUGACCAGAUGUUGAACGGUCAAACUGUAACUAAAAACUGACCAUUGCUGGACGUUACAAUAGUGAAGUGAUCAUUUUUGAAGGACACUAACCCUCACCCUCUCCACCCCACCGUGUGGGAAUAGGAGGGCCGUGUCUCUAUGUAUUGUGAUAACUCCAGCAGUCAAGCAUUCUUGUUCUGCUUUGAAAUCUGUAAGAUUAAAGUGAACACUCAGGUUGUGUUUCUCAAACAGGUGCAUACACACUCCCCCACACACACACAUUCACACACAGAACAGUUCCUCCAGCACAAUUACAAGUGCCGUCAUUCGGCCUCCUUGAUGGUUGUCAUGGAGAUGUCAUUGAUGAGGUGGAUGAAAUUAUGUUCCUUUCUGCAUGUCCUGCGCAGCGAGUUCUGCCAUUAAUAAAGCUCUGCUGAAUUAGAACAGCUGUGAUGAAAAGACAAACCAGAGAUGCUGCAGUGGCGGGUUGCUAUAGCGCUUCACCUUGUGCGUUCAUCUCUGAACCUUUCCUGUUCUGCCUCUGUGUCUCUCCUUCUGCUGCUAAUGCUGCUGCGGUGAUGGAUUAGCCAUCUCUCAGACCUGCCUGACAACAAGCCUUCCAUCUCUCAACUCUUUCUUUAUCCGAGGAGCAAAUAGAAUCUGUAAAACCUUGACUGCUGCUGCGGCUUCCUUUCACUUACUGUGACACACACAUGCAUCAUCGCUUCAGUCGCCACUCUGCAACGGGAGAGUAAAUGUCUGCAGGAGAGGACUGCUCCUGACUAACCCAAGCCUGAAAUCUUUCCUACAACAUAUUGUGAAAACUAUCAGCUGUGACUGUGAGGGAUGGAGGCAGAAGUCUGUAAUCCUGGUGUAGCUAUGGAUUCGGGAAACCCUUUGCUGAGGGCAGUUUUCCUUCGAAGACUGAGGCUCACGCGGCUGCUCUUGGAGGGUGGGGCUUACAUCAACGAGAGUGACAGCCAAGGCCAGACACCGCUAAUGGUGGCCUGCAGGACCAAGCACACCGACUCCCAGAGCACAAGUCGGGCAAAGCUGGUCCAAUUUCUGCUGGAGAAAGGAGCAGAUCCCAACAUUCAGGAUAAGGAAGGUCGCUCUGCACUGAUGCAUGCCUGCCUGGAGCAGGCCGGCCCAGAGGUGGUGGCGUUGCUCCUUGCAAGUGGAGCAGACAUCAGUUUGGAGGACCAGUCAGGGACAUCAGCGUUGGUCUAUGCAGUCAUGGCUGGAGACCUGAAGGUGCUGAAGCUUCUGCUUGACACUUGCAAGGCCAAGGGGAAAGAGGUGAUCAUCAUCACCACUGACAAAUUUCCAACCGGAAACCUUUCAGCCAAGCAGCACCUCAGCAUACCUCCCAUUAAUCGUGUUGAUCAGUCAGAGACAAUCACCCCAACAGCUCCCUCAUCUCCUUCUGAAAUACAGCUCAUCACCUCCCCCCAGUCCUCCACCUCCCUGUGCCCCCCCAAGCCAGCCUUUUCUUUUAAAGAAGGACAGAUCGGUGGCGUGAGCUCCCAUCCGUGCUCCCCGUCACGGUUUCGUGGGCUCGGACAGGCAGUUUCCAAUGGACCCCAGCAGCCUCUGAUGCGGUUGAACUCUGAGCCCUGGCUAAAGAUCCCAGCAUCUCUGCUGACUCAGCAGCCUCAGGCAGCCCUGAACGAGACUGAGGACCUUUCCUUUAGAGUUCCCGAACCCAACGAGGACAGCAGCAGUCACUUCAGAAGCUUCAGAUGUUACGAAGGAAGAUUAGUAAAAGAUGGAGGUAUAGAAGAAGACAGCAAAAAUGACUGCACCGAACAUGCAGACCAAACGAUUCUCUCAUCGGGUCUCCUGUCGCUCCACUCUGCCUCCCACCCUAAUCUGCAUUCUGAAGUUCAUCGAGCCGAUUCAGUCGCCACUGCCUCCAUGCUUUCUAGAGGUAAAAUCCUUGGUACACCCUUUCACAGCAUCACUUCUACAAGCCUUCACAGUGUCAAUCAGAUGCACCAGGGUGCAGACAUCUACGGGUCCGACCCACAACUAGCUGCAGAAGAACAGAGAACCAAAGUACCAGCAGAGAGUAAGAAAUUAGCCCCGCUGCGCUGCUCCAGCACACUGGGCUCCAGGGACACUCUGGUGGGCCAGAACAGGAGAGUCCCAUCUCUGUAUGAGCGCAGAGGCUCUGGAACAUUCUUACUGGACCACGGCCUCCAGGCCCGGCCCAGAUCGCUGCCACCUUUAACCAACAAUCCCAUUCUCAAUGUUGUUAACAGCUGCUCUGGAAAUGGAAACGGCUUCUUGGAGAAAGAGCUUGGCCAUAGGAGUUUCCUUCCUUCGGCUCCACCUGGACACCCCAAAGAGCCGAGCAGAAGGCUGCUGCUGAGGAGACACUCCAUACAGACCGAACAGUUCAAAUCCACAGCCUGAGAUGCAGCUGGGGAAGAGGAAAUGUUCAGCGUGACUCCUAUCAUCGUGUGAUGUGUGGUCUGUGUGGUGAAAAUCAUAGUGUAAAAACCAAAGAUGCUGGAAAAAAAAUACUGGAAAUUGUAGUUAAAAAGUUGGAACACAUUAGUGGUAGUGUCGCAUCUUCAGAGCGUUGUCAUGGUGAUAAGAGUUCACCCUCUUUCAGUUCUGGGGUUUUCUUUUCAGCUCAGAGUAAAUGUGUUUUUAUCAGCUUCCAAAAUGAUUUAAAUCCAAUCAAAAGAACAAUGACAGAUGUUAUGAUAAAGUAUCAGGAAUGCUGAUCAGAUGUGUACUCACCUUCUAGAAGCAGUUAUGUCGGUCUGGAGUAUGCACGUGUGUCAACAUGACACCCAGGAAGGAAAGACAUCAUCAACAUUAUCAACUGUGAUUGACUGAGCAGGGCCCAAACCAGCAACCCUCCGAUGGGUGGGCACUUAACGCCUCUGCCACCACAUAAGAACUUCACUUCACACUCGCCUCAGUUAGCAGGUUAGAGGUUAAAGUUCAUAACAGGACAAUCAGAAAAUGUCUGAACAAGUAUGGAUUGUUUAGGUUUGCAGGAAAAAACAUCUCUGGCAAAAAAACAAACAAACAUGGAAGCACAGCUUAGGGAAUGAAACAAGACUUUUGGAAGAAUGUUCUUAUGACAGAUGAAACCUAUUUAUGUUUACCCAUAAUGCACAGCUCCAAGUUUGGAGAAAGUCAAACAGAAUAUCAGCAGAAACUGUUUCUACCAGCUAUCAGCACUGUGGUGGAGGGCUGAUGAUCAGGGUUACACGCUGUGUGACAGCUGAUUGGGCCAAACUGGGUCAUGUAACAGAACAAAGAUUCAAAACAGAAGCAAGGAUCAGGGAGCUGUACUGGUCCAACCACAGUCCAGAUGUCCACCUGAGUGAAACACUGGAGUUGAGCAGGAACAAAUAUCCGCAAACCUAAAUGACCUGAAGCAGAAUUGUGAAGAUGAGUAGAACAAAACUCGUGCACUGUGAUAUGAAAACAGUUGAAGCACAACUGGAAGAUUUAGUUUUUCAAAACCACUUCUAGUAAAGUAGAACUGAGAUCAGACUGUUGUUCUCCAGACCAAAUUUAUUAGCCUUUUUAAAAAAUUAUGCUGCAGUUUCGAUCACUUAAAAAGAUCAAAAUCAAACAAAAACUAAAAUUGCAGUUUCAAGCUGAGAAAAACCUGCUAAAGAUGU